GCCGGGCCGAGGCGAGCGGGCUGAGGGGCCAGCGCGUGGGGCGGCGCGGGCGCUUCUUUUAGGCUGCGGGAGCGGCUGCCGGGCCUCAGGUGCGACCGACUCGCGUGGAGCCCGCCGUGCCUUGCUGAGGAGCAAAGGACAGACCUGAGCUCACCCAGAGGACACAAUGAAGAAGGAGAUGAAAUAAAAGACUAUCAGAGGCUUCUGGAGACACAAAGAAACUGUGAUAGGAGAAGAUGACAGGAAGAGCUAGAGCCAGAGCGAGAGCAAGACCUCCAGGGCAGCAAACUGCUGUUCCUGCUGUAGAAGCUGUACCUGUUCAACAGACUUUGCCAAGUCAGCCGCCUGGCCGGUGGCAACCUCAGCCGCCAUGUGUUCCUCCGGCAGCAUCAAGAGAACCUGCUGGGCGACAGAGGGGAACUCCAAGUGCUUCACAAGGCCAGAGCGACAGAAGGCCAGAAGGAUUACAGCUUUCUGCAGGAAUGCAGGCAUUGUCUUUAGCAGAAAGGGGUGGACUCCGCAGAGAUUUCCAUGACCUCGGGGUGAAUACUCGGCAAACCAUAGAACACGUUCAAGAAUCAAAAACUGGUUCUUCAGGUUCUAUGAUAAAACUAACUGCAAAUUACUUCCGUUUGACGUCUCGACCCCAGUGGGCUUUGUAUCAGUACCAUGUUGCCUAUAAUCCUGAGAUGGAAGCACGCCGUCUUCGAUCAGCUUUGCUCUUUCAGCAUGAAGAGCUACUUGGAAAGACACAUGCAUUUGAUGGAGCAAUACUAUUCUUACCAAAAAAACUAGUGAAUAAGGUUACUCAGCUGUUUAGCAGAACUCGAAAUGGAGAGGAUGUGAAGAUAACAAUCACAUUGACAAAUGAGUUGCCACCUACUUCACCUACAUGUCUGCAGUUUUACAACAUCAUUUUUAGAAGGCUUUUGAAGAUGUUGAAUUUGCAGCAGAUUGGACGUAAUUAUUACAACCCCAGUGACCCAAUCACAAUCCCUCAUCACAGGUUGACGAUUUGGCCAGGCUUCACAAGCUCUAUCCUCCAGUACGAGGAAAGCAUUAUGUUAUGUACAGAUGUGAGCCAUAAGGUUCUUCGCAGUGAAACAGUGUUGGAUUUUAUGUACAAUCUGUAUCACCAGGUUGAUGAACAAAGAUAUAAAGAUACCUGUGCUAAAGAGCUGAUAGGUUUGAUUGUUCUUACAAAGUACAAUAACAGAACGUACAGAGUUGAUGGCAUUGACUGGGAUGCCAGUCCACAGUGUACUUUUAGAAGAGCAGACGGUUCUGAGAUCAGCUACGUGGACUACUACAAAAGGCAAUAUAAUCAAGAAAUUACUGACUUGAACCAGCCUGUCUUGAUCAGUGAGUCGAAGAGGAAGAGAGGAACUAUAAUGCCAGGACCUGUGGUUCUAAUUCCAGAGCUGUGCUUCCUAACAGGAUUAACGGAAAGGAUGCGUAAUGAUUUUAAUAUGAUGAAAGACUUGUCUUCUCAUACACGACUGCCACCUGAGCAAAGGCAACACGAAAUUGGAAGACUUAUUGACUACAUCCAAAAAGAUGACGGCGUUCAGAAGGAACUCAGAGACUGGGGUUUAAGCUUUGAUUCUAAUUUAUUUUCCUUUACGGGAAGAGUUGCUCAAGCAGAAAAGAUCCUUCAAUCAGGAAGUGUGGUUGAAUACAAUCCUCAGUUUGCUGAUUGGACAAAGGAAAUCAGAGGAGCUCCCUUAAUUUGUGCAAAGCCUCUGGACAACUGGUUAUUGAUAUACCCACGUCGCAAUCAUGAUACUGCUGGUGUAUUACUUCAAAGUCUGUCUAAAGUCACACCACCUAUGGGAAUCAGAAUGAACAGGGCAACCAUGAUUGAAGUAGAUGACAAAACAGAAGCUUAUAUAAGGGUUUUACAGCAAGCUGUUACCCCUGACACAAACAUAGUAGUUUGUGUGUUGUCUAGUUCCCGGAAGGAUAAGUAUGAUGCUAUCAAGAAAUACUUAUGUACUGAUUGUCCUGUUCCAAGUCAAUGUGUGAUAAGUCGCACUUUAAGCAAGCCUCAGACUGCUCUGGCCAUAGCGACAAAAAUUGCCUUACAAAUGAACUCUAAAAUGGGUGGAGAACUUUGGAGUGUUGAGAUCCCACUGAAACAAGUGAUGAUUGUGGGAAUCGAUUGUUACCAUGACACUUUAUUUGGAAAGCAGUCAAUUGCAGGAUUUGUUGCUAGCCUGAAUCAAACAAUGACACGGUGGUUUUCCCGCUGUGCUGUUCAAGGUCGAGGGCAAGAACUUGUGGAUGGUCUUAAAGCCUGCUUGCAGUCUGCUCUAAGAGAGUGGUUCAAGUGGAAUAAGUGUUUGCCCUCCCGUAUUAUUGUGUAUCGUGACGGUGUAGGAGAUGGACAACUACAUACUCUGGUUAAUUAUGAAGUGCCUCAAUUUCUGGAUUGCUUGAAGAGUGUUGGUAAAGACUACGUUCCAAGACUUACUGUCAUAGUUGUGAAGAAACGAGUGAAUACGAGACUCUUUGCGCAGGCUGGUGGAACACUCAGAAACCCGCCUCCUGGUACCAUUGUUGAUGGGGGGAUCACCAGGCCAGAAUGGUAUGAUUUCUUUAUCGUGAGCCAGGCAGUGAGAAAUGGUUGUGUUGCACCCACUCAUUAUAAUGUAAUUUAUGACACUAGCAAGCUGAAACCAGACCAUGUACAACGUUUAACCUACAAACUUUGCCACAUGUACUAUAACUGGUCGGGUAUUAUCAGAGUACCUGCUCCUUGCCAAUAUGCUCAUAAACUGGCUUUCCUUGUCGGUCAGAGUAUUCAUAGAGAACCAAGCCUGUUGCUUUCAGACAAACUUUACUAUCUUUAAAGUUGAGUUACCAGGUGAAAAAAAAAAAAAAGUGUAGUUCCUUUCUAGGGAAUGUAGAGUUGUCUGGGAUUUUUUGUAGUUUAAAUUGUUUUUUCUUGAGAUGUGCAGGGGAUAAUGAGUAUGUGCAGCUGUGGAACUUUUAUUUUUGCUGUAGUGGGAAGAAGUUUGAGACAGCAGAUCUGCAUUUUAAAUGGGUCUCUGCUUCCUAUAAAAACUAUGCAGUCUUUCAUUGUUUUUAAAUACUUUAUUUACUUAAGCAUUUCUAGGAUUUCUCGAAAGAUUACCAUCAGUUUUCUUACUCGUAUUUUGGGGAAGUCUUACAGGACACAUAGUUAUGCAGACCAAAAUCCAGACUUCUGCUAGCACAUUACACUUAAAUUUUCCAAAUGCAAUUGUUGCUCCCUUGUUUUUCUUGGCUGUUAAAAUGAGGACAAUUUUUUCUUCUGAACUAUUUCAUAUCUUAAAAAGAGGCUGUGGUUCUUGGUUAUCAAUGUUCUUGGUUAUCGAGGCUUUAUUGUAAGAUUGCAUACUGCUGCAAAAACUUCUGUAAGGGUUAUUAAUACUUGCCCUUGUAAGAUAUUUGCAGACCAACGAGCAACUGUCUCGUGAUCCCUUGUCUCCCCAGGAGCAAAGGGAAGUGAAGUGGGACUUCAUCAAAGUUAGCUGAGGAGGAAGCUCUGUGUACGCCAAAGUUUCAGCAAUGGAAGUCAGAGGCAAAAUAAUUUCUGUAUCUCAUCCCAGAUAUAGGAACACCUAUAAUAAUUACAGUAAUUAUCCAAGAUUACAGUGACCACUGCAAAAUGUGAUGUCUUUGUCUAAGCUUGAAUGCUGUGAUAGGGGAUUUUAUGACUAUGUAGUGUGAGCAAAUGUUUAGGACAACUGCCAAUUCCUGACUGCAAUGAACUAAAUUUCUUGGUUGACAUUGUUUAACUGCAUGGUUGUUUAAAGAGGAAGAUAACUUCUGGAGAAGAAUUAUCAGUGCACUGAGGCGCUGAAAGUAGAUAGUUCUACUAUUUAUGUUUGGGGUUUGUUUUCUUUUUUUUUGAUUGUGCAGUUCCAAGUACUGGGAAAUGCUUAGGCUGCGUUUUGUGUUGUACUCUUAAGGUCUUCAUUGGUAGAUGUUCAGCAGGAACAGCUUAAUUUGUAAAGCACACAGGAGUUGUGUUAAGAAUUUGAUUUUGGAUUCUUGCAUUACCAGAUGCAGAGUCAAACAAGUACAUGUGGAAGAAUUUGGAUUAGUGCUGAUAUCUUUAACUCUUGCACUGUAAACUUUGUUCCUUUUCUUUGUGAGAUUUAAAUAAAGUUGUUGCUGUGAUCUUUGCUUGUGUGACUGUGUUAGAUGUAUUUGCUUAUAGUUCAAGAGGGGGCUAUGGGUGUACUACUGUGUGACAUAAGCUGCAGGAACUUUCUAACUAUUUUUUGCCUCUGAAAUUUAAACGAGCUUUUAUUCUACAGUAAACUUCAGCAGCCAGCAACAGCUCUGAAAAAUGAGUGCUCUAUAACUUGAAUUCAGUUCAGCUGUUUUUCUUUCUUAGGCUUGAAAUUUGCAAUGGAGAGGCAUUGGGGGGGUCAGGCAAAUAUUUUAGUCUUCCUGAUGUCAUACAGGGGUAGCUUUCCCUAUUCACUACUUCAGUACUAAUUUCGUAUUUCUUCCUCAUUCCGUAUCGCUUAUUUAUACCUGUCACGGCUAUCAUUCUGACCUGGUUUCUGUCAUUUGAGUUAACAGAAAAGAAGGUUAUGCAGCUGCUUUCUUAGUCCUAGAGAAAGGUAGGGAGUGGCCAUUGUGGACUGUUCCUUCCCUCUUGAGGAGCGGCGUUUGAACACGCAGCGUGCACCAUUAC